UCUCACAGUGUGUGUAUGUGUGUGUGUGUUUCUUGAUAGUCCCUCACAGUGUAUGUGUGUGUGUGUGUUUCCUGAUAGUCUCUCACAGUGUAUGUGUGUGUGUAUGUGUGUUUCCUGAUUGUCUCUCACAGUGUGUGUGUGUGUGUGUUUCCUAAUAGUCUCUCACAGUGUGUGUGUGUGUGUGUCCUGAUAGUCUCUCACAGUGUGUGUAUGUGUGUUGGCAGGUGGAGAGGGUGAUGAAGGAAUCCCUCCAGCAGGCUCUGCUCCGCUCCAUCACUGCGUACCCUCAGACCCCCCGACACCACUGGGUGCUGCACUGGCCUGGGCAGGUGGUGCUGACCACCAGCAUUAUCUACUAGACCCUGGAGCUCUCGCAGAUCUGUCUGCUCCGCAGUCUACUGGACCAUGGAGCUCUCGCAGGUCUGUCUGCCCUGCAGUCUACUGGACCCUGGAGCUCUCGCAGAUCUGUCUGCUCCACAGUCUACUGGACCAUGGAGCUCUCACAGGUCUGUCUGCCCUGCAGUCUACUGGACCCUGGAGCUCUCACAGGUCUGUCUGCUCCGCAGUCUACUGGACCCUGGAGCUCUCACAGGUCUGUCUGCCCUGCAGUCUACUGGACCUUGGAGCUCUCGCAGGUCUGUCUGCUCCGCAGUCUACUGGACCCUGGAGCUCUCACAGGUCUGUCUGCUCCGCAGUCUACUGGACCCUGGAGCUCUCACAGGUCUGUCUGCCCUGCAGUCUACUGGACCCUGGAGCUCUCGCAGGUCUGUCUGCUCCGCAGUCUACUGGACCCUGGAGCUCUCACAGGUCUGUCUGCUCCGCAGUCUACUGGACCCUGGAGCUCUCACAGGUCUGUCUGCCCUGCAGUCUACUGGACCCUGGAGCUCUCGCAGGUCUGUCUGCUCCGCAGUCUACUGGACCCUGGAGCUCUCGCAGGUCUGUCUGCUCCGCAGUUUGCUGGACCCUGGAGCUCUCGCAGGUCUGUCUGCUCUGCAGUCUACUGGACCAUGGAGCUCUCGCAGGUCUGUCUGCUCUGCAGUCUACUGGACCAUGGAGCUCUCGCAGGUCUGUCUGCCCUGCAGUCUACUGGACCCUGGAGCUUUCGCAGGCCAUUACCCAGGAAGGGGGUCUGCAGUCCUAACCUGGAGAAGAGCAACAGGCAGGUGGAGGACAUCGUGAGGCUGGUCUGGGGCAAGCUCACUAAAAUGGAGCGCAUUACCCUGGGGGCUCUGAUCACCGUCGACGUUCACGGAUGCUGAUGGGAGCCCUGCAGCUAAACCUGGGAGGACCUCCAGAGAGACCGGCUGGGACAGGGAAGACAGAAACAUUCAAGGACCUGGCCAAAGCUGUGGCCAAACAGGUGCUGUUCCGCACGGUGGCCAUGAUGGUCCCAGACUACGUCCUGAUUGCGGAGAUCUCUCUCUACGCCAUCGGCUUUGUCGACGCCCGCAACCUGGCAGCAAAAAUCGUGGCCACUUACAGACUAUGCUCGGAGCAGGUGUGGGAUGAUAUACAUGGAGCCCAUGGACCUGGGCUGGGAGCCGUUAGUCCAGUCCUGGCUGGAAACCAAGCUGCCCCAUUUCCUGACCUCGGAGCAGAAACACUUGGUAAAGCUGCUGUGUGAGUGGCUGCUCCCGCCGUGCUUGGACUUCAUCCAGCAGCGAUGCCGUCCGGUGGUGCAGUCAUCCCAGAUGCACCUCACCUCCGCCCUGCUCAAGCUCUACCAGUGCCUGCUGGCUGAGAUCAGUGUGGAUUCUGCAGUGGAGAGAGAAGAGGCCUGUGUCGAGACUCUGGAGGAGCAGGAAAAAAACUUCCAGACCAGCAAGCAGAAACAGCAGGAGGAGACCAGCAGCAUGAUCGUGGCCGGAGCCUUUUUCUCCGUGGUCUGGUCACUGGGGGGUCUCCUUGAUGCCUCCUCUAAGCAGCGGUUCAUCGAGUUCUUUAAGAGCCUCUGUGACCAGGAUUCCAUGCAGCCCCGCCCCCGAGAGCUCCGGGUCCCGCGAGCCCUGCAGAUGCCCAAGCGGGACAGCGUGUUCCACUACGUGUUCCUGCGCAGGAACGUCCCCUCCUGGUGUCUGUGGAGGGAGCUCCUCGCCCCCGCCAGCCUGGAGCCCUGCAUGAAGAUAGGGGAGCAGGGGCCCUGGUAGACUACCACAAGGAACGCCUUUCUAUGUGUCUCUCUGUUCCAGUCCGCUGUUCUAACAGGGGUUCAUAAUCAUGACCUUACUUCUCUUUAGCAAAAACAACUUUCUUUGGUAAAGGUUCAGUGUCUUGUCAUCGCACUGUGGAUUCACUUCCUGUGCAGCGGGUAUUAGGGUCCCUUAGAAAAGUUUCGCACAGUAAAGUGUAAUAAAGCAUGGUGAAGAAUAGGUUAGCAUUGGAAAGAAUAGCGAGGUAUGGUAAAGCAUAUUAAUAAACAUGGCAAAUCAGGAUAAACUAUGGUAAAUGCACAGUAUAACCAUGGGCAAAGCAUCGCAAAGCUGCACAAAUACUGUGGUAAACUUAGGCGACCCUACUGUAAGUAAAAAGAAUGCUGCACAGUGCGACCAAAAUUUAAAUGUAAAUAUAUGUGAACCAGAAACGUCAAGUGGAAUUGAGCAGUGUGGCUCUAAAAAAAGGCGUUACAGUUCUGUGGACAGGACCCUCCGAUCCCCUGGUGGUGUGUUGAACCCCCGCUGUUACUGACUCAUGGAAUUUAAUAAAACAAAAGCAGAUGAUGAAUGAAACAUGUCAUAUUUUAUUAUUGAGGAGAGGACUGCUCUGUAGUUGCGAUGGCGGGUCCUGUGGUUGGUGGUUUAAAUGUGUUAUCAGGACUCUCGUUAUGAGCAUGGCUGAGAGGGUUGUUUUUCCUGAUGAAUUAAGCCAGCAUCCCCUGGAGGAUCCCCUGUGAAGAAGGCAGCUAAUCUGAGGGAGUUGUUCACAUAUCAGCAAAUGCAUGAGAAGGUCAGCUUCCCGUUAUCUGGUGGCAUUAUUAUUGGAGAUUCACAGGUGAUGUUCCACGUUAACCCUUUACAAGACUGGAAAUGUGGAAAACAACAGCCAGCAGAGCCAUGUCGAGUUAAACUCCACCCAGAGCCAUUUUAACCUGAAAAAUAAGAUAUCAAGUUAUACAGCAGGGCAUUUAUUUACAAUGUGAUUCAUAUGAAUAUAGUGUUGUAACAUAUAUAAUAGUUAAUUAGCGCCAUCUACUGGUCAUCUAUCUCAGUUGUGAGGAGGGUGGAGAGCUGUGUAGAUGUUCCUCUAUGGAAUAUUUCCCUUUUGUGAGGAGGGUGGAGAGCUGUGUAGACGUGCCUCUAUGGAAUAUUUCCCUUUUGUGAGGAGGGUGGAGAGCUGUGUAGACAUGCCUCUAUGGAAUAUCUCCCUUUUGUGAGGAGGGUGGAGAGCUGUGUAGACAUGCCUCAGAAUAUCUCUUACAGGUGAGAGAGACCAGACUCCUCCACGCUCACUUCACAUACAGGUGAGACCAGACUCCUCCACACUCACUUCACAUACAGGUGAGAGAGACCAGACUCCUCCACGCUCACUUCACAUACAGGUGAGAGAGACCAGACUCCUCCACACUCAC